CCGGAUGUUGCUAUGGAUACUAAAGCGUCGCAAUCAAGGAGGAAGGAGUUCGUUCACCUGGUACACAAAACGAUGAAGUGCCUUUCGUAACUACUUUAUGGACAAGGACGGCAAUUGGAUAAAUGACAGGCCAUGGAGCAAGACGAACAAAUAAAUGACUUGAGGCUUCAGUUUCAAGAACUACAAAAGCAGCAAGAGAAAAGAAAACUGGAUAGGAAAAAGGAGAAAGCGCCGGACAAGGCUGAUGACAUUAAUACCCAGGAUGACAUGGAUCUAUCUAUGCAAGGUAUUCAGGCUGAACAAGACAGGCUGUUGCAGAAUGAAAAUCAGACGUUACUAGACCAGCUGAGAGAGCUAAAGGAUGAAAAUGGGCGACUCUUUAAACUCCUGAGAGAAAAGGAUUUUGAAAUUAAACACCUGAAGAAGAAAAGAGACGAGGAAAGGCUGGCAUUAGCAGGCACGUCAGGUUUGGCGGGAGCUGUAGCUGCCACAAAGAUUGUUGAGCUGUCCAAGAAGAACAGAGAGCUAACUGCUGAAAUCGAGCAAGAGAAGAUCAAAUCCAAGCAAAAUAGUAACAGAAUCAAAGAGCUAGAGAAAGAGCUACAGGCUUCUUCGCUUCACUCUGUAUCUGGGCAGAAGAUUGACACAAAAUCUCUGGAUAAGAAAUCAUCUGAAGACUGCGAGCAGGAAAGUCCAGUGGUCAGAUCUCUGCAGGAAAAAUUAGCAGCUGCCCAGCUGAAAGUGACUGAAUAUCGCAACCAGGUUCAGUCCGCAAAACAGGAGCUGAAAGUAGCUCAGAAGGUGUUGAUGAGUGAGGUUGGAGAGGAGGUCAACCUUCAGCAAUUACUGAGCUGCCCCGGGAACUUUAGAGGUCGGUCACAGCAGAUACUGGCUCUUCAGGCACGGGUGCGGGACCUCGAGCAGCAGCUCAACCAGUCGACCGCACAGAGACAGUCAAGUGUCGUGAGUGAAGAUGAGGAGUUCCUAGGUUUCUUUCAGAAAACGCCUCCACAAGACAGAAACCUCAGCUUCAUCCGUGCCAGGGAGAAGGAGAAGAGGGAGGCGUUUGAGAGGAUCUCACUGGACUACGAGGCCCUCGUGAAAGAACACGAGGAUGUGAAGAAAAAGCUGGAAGCCUCUAAGGCCAGGAACAAGUCUCUGUCUAGUGAAGUGAAGACUCUGAAGGCACAGAUCUCCACACUGCUGGAGAAGGGCAAACAUGAUGACGAGCUUGUGGAUGCGCUGUUGAAGCAGCAGACCCAGAUGCAGACGGUGUUGAAACGGCUCAGCCAACAGCAGAAUGUAAAGAGCACGGAGUCCCAUCAGAGCCUCAGACAACAGUCGAGCAGUAAGCCUUCGGAGCACAACGCUCUCAUCCAGAAGCUUAGGCAGAUAGUUGCUGAGAAAGAGGCCAAGCUCAAAGAUCAAACCUCUGACAAGUGUUUGGAGGAAGACGGCGUGCACGGAGAGACCAGCCACAAGACAACAAACUGCAGUUCAGAAGUUUCCCCUGAAGAGGGCGACAUUAGCAAGAGAAAACCAUCUUCAGGUUCCGCAUCUAAAUUUGGUCAUAAACUGGUGUUGCCUGCAGUGGGGAGUAGUAUAGAAUUCAAGGAUCUAAGUUCCUCAAAAUGUCCACAAUGUUCAGCAGAUGUGAGCGCACUGAUGACCCAGUGUAAUGAGUACAAAAUCCUCUGCGUGGAGAAGGACAGACUGCUAGAGCUGGUUAAAACACUACAGACAAAAGAGAAAGAGAUAAACCAGAUGUGUUCGGAGGCAGAGCAGAAGUACCAAGAGGAGCGCCGCAGGACAGUGAUCCUGGAGCAGCAGUUGGAGACGACAAAAUUAGAUACGAAUGGCUGUGAUGUUUCUGUUCCUCAGGAGCAGUGUCCCCCAACACCAGGAUGGCAGGAGUCUUUGAGCUACACCAACUGCCCAGAGACAAACUGUCCAACAAUCCAGUCGACAUUUGUAAACAUUUAAUUUCUAACAUUGACAACACGUCUUGCACCAGUGGUAAAGACCAACAAGAAUUUUGUUCUUCCGACGCUUGUAAAAAUGACAAAAAUAAUGAUGUGUGGCAACAGCG